AUGUCGACUCCGGACUACUUCACCAGCGACCCGGACUGGGAAGCAUUCGCCACUAAAAAUGACAUUCCGCUUCCCUCGACCACUCCCCGACCACCGUCGGCCCCAAUUGACUUCACCCAACUUGAUUUCGCUUUGAUUCGAGCGGACGAGGCGACAUCUCACGCCGAAUGGGCCGAAACACACUCUUUAGAGGAGGUCGGCUAUAGUGCAAAGUCGACCACAGUCCGAGCCCGCGACGGUGCCGAUAUCGACGUGAAAGUGUCCUUUCCACUGUCCGACCGUCUCCACGCUAGAGGAAAAGAUAAAAUGUCUCUACCGGUCCUCUUGGUCACGCAUGGUGGGGGCUGGAUUCAAGGCAAUCACACCUUGGAGGAAUUGUGGUUCUUAUACCCAUUGUACAAGCGUUUCGACCUCGUGAUUGUCAGUGUGGAAUACCGUCUGGCUCCGGAGAACCGCUUCCCGAUCUGGAUCGACGAUACCGAGAAUGUACUAGAUGCCCUACUCGAUUCCCCGGAGAGCCUUCUUGGUUUGGAUGCAAAUCUCAAGGCCGAUCUCAAUCGACUCAUCCUGGCCGGUUCCUCUGCUGGAGCAGGCAUCAGUGCCGCUCUCUCUCAGAUAUGUCGUGACAAAGGUAUCCCCAUCAACGGUGUCAUCCUCAACGUUCCCAUGAUUUGUGACCCUCGUCAUUUCCCGGUCGCCGAGUACGGUCCCUCUGAAGAGCACCUUCGCUCGUACACCCAGUGCAAGGAUAUUUUCAUGGGCUCAGAUGGGAUGAUCGGCGUUUGGAACCUGAUUCAUCCGGAUCCCUCCUCGGGCUUGAACAGUAAAGCAUCUCCGUUGCUUGGGGAUGUGGAAAGUCUUCCACGGCAUUUGAUCUUUGUCGCAGGACAGGAUCCGUUACGAGACGAGGGAAUCGCAUAUGCCAGAAAGCUGGCAGAGGGAAAUGUACCGGUUUCGCUUCAUGUCUAUAAGGGUGUCCCGCAUAACUUCGGACAUUAUUGGGAGUUACAAGCGACAAUGAGGUUUUGGGAGGACUUGAGAGCUACUCUGGAAAAAUGGUUACUUUAG